AUGGGGAAACCAUUACUUUAUGAAAUAUUGGAAAAACCAGCUACAAGUUGUAUAAUAGGAUUAUGCAGUGCAAUAUGGUUCUAUAUACAGAAGAAGAACAUUGGGUAUUCUCAUGUGGGCUUGAGUUAUGAUACUGCAGUGGAAGGUCACCACUGGAGGCUAAUAACAUCAGCUUUAUCACAUAUUAGUGUUCUUCAUCUUGUUUUCAAUAUGAGUGCACUUUGGAGCCUCGGGGUCAUUGAGCAGUUAGGCCAUAUGGGUCUUGGUCUGGAGUAUUAUCUUCAUUAUUCAUUGGUAUUGGUUGUCUUGUCAGGAAUGCUAGUUAUUGGGAUGUACCAUGUCUUGAUUCAGAAGUUCAAGAUAGACUAUUUUAGGAGAGUGACUGCAGUUGGGUAUUCAUGUGUUGUUUUUGGGUGGAUGACAAUUUUGUCAGUGAAACAGCCCUCGUCUAAAUUGGAGCUUUUUGGAUUUCUCUCACUACCCAUCAGUUUUGCUCCAUUUGAGUCCCUCAUCUUUACGUCUAUUAUUGUUCCACAAGCAAGUUUCCUUGGUCAUUUGUCAGGAAUUAUUUGUGGAUAUUCUAUUGCCUGGGGUUUGAUCCAUGGAAUGAACAAUUAUUGGGCGGUAUCUAUGCUGGGGUGGAUCGUGCUUAUAUUUAUUUUUAGCUUGAAGAAGUCUGGUACAUAUGAUUUCAGCUUUCUUGAGAUCGAAUCGGUGACAGAUCCUUCCAUGCCUUCUGUGCGUUUCAUAGCUUCGGGAAAUGAUAGAACCUUGCAGAUGAGCACGUUGCCAGAUGCCAGUACAGAUCUUGUCUAG